UAACCAUACAUUUUUUCAUUUUUUCCUCGACGGUGACGGCGUAAUCGCUUCAUUUUCCACUGGAACAAGCACAUCUUCCGUCGCGUCGUCAGCGCCCGUUUUUUGCUCAUUGUUUAUCUCAGCCAACAACGCUGAAUAGUGAACGCUCACCUCACUCAAGUACUUUCGAAACUUAGAUGUUGAAAUCCUCGAUUGCUACAUCCUCUAUUCUACCUCGCGUAUCUGCCCAAGCGUGCAUAACCUGGGCCUCACGGAAGCCAAGUACCACCGCUGUCCCAGCAGAACAUGUUAGGAGCAUGCAUGCUAGUCCGGCUCGAUACGCCGGCUCGUCAAGGGGUGCCAACAAACGAUACAAGGAGAAGAUUAAUAAAAUGCAUGCAGAGAGCCUAGACACCUUCUUCCGCCGUCUCUUCGAGAAGUUCCCAUCGUCGCCCCAACGCGCUGAAGUGGCGAACCAGAUUAAAGAAGUGGUAGCGAGGAUAAGUACAAAUCGAGUGGCUAUUCGCUCGAUGGGGACUUUGGAUAGAUUGUAUAACACUGUAAGCUGCUCUUUUUUUCGCGCCUGGUGAGUUCCUCAUGCAACGGCUAUAGGAAGAGACGAUACUCAAAUGCAUAGAUCAAAAGGUCGGACUAGCCGUGUUUAUCUUUUCGUCUUACCCAUAUAUAUUCAGAAACUCCCGCCCUGGCUCGUCAGUCGAGAAAAGGCAUUCGACAACUGCUACCGAUUGCCGCCUGAACGAUUGCCACCAGGAUGGUCUUCAGACUGGGGACAGUGGAAGCUACGCCAUCAUCUCUUUCCCGACUCUGCAGGCCUUUAUAGCAAGUCGCGAUUUGACCUGAUGAUUCGCCAUACCCACGGCCUUUCCUCCUACCGUCCACUCAUGUACUGUCUAGAGGGUAGGGCUAAGGACGACUUUGUGUUCGAAUGCAGAGACGGGAUCUACUACUUUGUGACCCGUGCUUCUUCAGCGCAUUCUCAAAUAGCCUCAAUGGCUGACGGUACUACGAAACCAUCAUUAG